UCAACCGGAAGUUUUUUAUUUUGUAGUUUUCGCAGUGUGCCGCUUCACUUCGCGGCGUACUGUGCGGAAGUUCUUUCAUCCCGCAGGAGAAGAAGAAGAAGAAGUCUUGUUCGUCUGAACUCUCCGCCCGAACACAACAAACCCCCGCCGAGGAAACUUCCAGACUCCAGGGGACAUCCACUAACACUCCGCCGCCUCUAGCAGCUACUCCGCCGGCCUCCGGGACCCACGGGCGAUGGCGAGGCCGAGCCACAGCGAUCACGUCCUCCAGCAGCUCAACAACCAGCGUGAGUGGGGCUUCCUGUGCGACUGCCUCAUCGCCAUUGGGGAUAUCUAUUUCAGGGCGCACAAGGCCGUCCUGGCGGCCUGUAGCUCCUACUUUCGGAUGAUGUUUAUCCGUGACCAGCAGGGGGCAGGCCGCCUGGACCUGAGCAACAUGCAGAUCAGUGCUGAGUGCUUCGACCUCAUCCUGCAGCUUAUGUAUCUUGGCCGUAUCGUUGUUGGGAGCUACGAGUUUGAGGAGCUCAAGGCCUCCAUGGCGUAUUUGCAGAUGUACUACAUCCCCGACUCACUGGAGGAUCUCAGAGACAUCAGAAGCUCCAACCUCACCCCGUCCUCCUCAGCCUCCUCCUCGUCCAGUUCCUCUUCCGGAUCUGCUGGAGGGAAAAUGAUGUUUGGAGUUCGCAUGUAUGAGAAGCAGAGGCCCCCUGCACCAGACGUAGAGCGCUUACCUAAAGCUGUAAAUAGCACCGCGGCGCGUCCAGCUGUCCCAGUGACUGUAAGCAGAGUGGCAGUUGCAGAGGAGGUAGUGAACACGCCUCUCAUUGUGGCACCACCUGUGGUCGAUGGCGCUGUCGAGCAGCCGUGUGAUCUAAGAAAGAGGUCCAGUGCCAGAGGGUCAGCGCUUAAAGAUCGUCCUCGUUUUGGACGCACGUAUACCUGCGAUGACUGCGGCUUCGUUUUCAGCUGUGAGAAGCUUUUAAUCGAACACAUCCUGACAUGCACCAACCGGAAGGCCUUCCAUCAGCCCAGAGGUAACACAGAGGGCGAUAACGAGUCCAGUAAAGCUGAGAGCUCCACCUCAGAGAGCACAGAAGACCGGGCUGUCUGUAAAGGUGAGGACGACUGGCCGGGGGUCAAGGCCGACUCUGAUCUCAACAUCAGGUCGGUGGCAGCUGGGACGGAUGGUGAACCUGGGUCAACCCGGAGUGUGUCAAUCAAAACAGAACCAGAAGAAAGCAUGUUUCCUGAGAUAGAAAUGAUCCAAGUCGGGGAGCUCACCAGCAGAGACUGUAGCGCACGAAUUGGUGAUGCCUCACGUAAAGACCUAUUGAGCGUGGAACGUGAACCAGAGCCCAGCGUGUCUGGUGUUGAUCACAGUAGCGAGCCAUUUGAAGGGUUAGGAAUUCCAGCAAAGCUCCGUAAAAUCAAGGAGGAGAAGCAGGAUGCUGACUCCGUCCCUUGUGAGUUGUGUGGUGAUCUGUUAACAGAGGAGGACAAGUCAGCCCAUUACCUGUCCAAUCAUAUGGGUCAUAUAUGUGCCUGUGGGAGGUGUGGCCAGGUGUUGAUCAAAGGCCGCCAGCUGCAGGAGCACGCCGAGCGCUGUGGUGAGUCCCAGGGGAGGGAAUCUGACUCAAACGGAGAGGAUGAGGCAUCUCUUCUGGAAGAGCCCCAUGGGAUGGAUGAGGGUCUGCUGGACACGGCAGACCUGGCGUGCUCUCACUGUGGGCUACUGUUUCAGAAUGAGAGUCUUGCGCUGGAGCAUGCCUUGUCCUGUCAUGACCAGGAGUUGUUCCGCCCUGUGCUGUUGGAGGAGGGCACUGAACCCGAUCACCGCCGCAAACACUUCUGCAGCAUCUGUGGAAAAGGCUUCUAUCAGCGCUGCCACCUGCGGGAGCACUAUACCGUCCACACCAAGGAGAAGCAGUUCACCUGCCAGACCUGUGGGAAGCAGUUCCUGAGAGAGCGCCAGCUCAGACUGCACACUGACAUGCACAAAGGCAUGGCGCGCUAUGUCUGCCCUGUGUGCGACCAGGGAACCUUCCUUAAGCAUGACCAUGUCAGACACAUGAUCUCCCAUCUGUCGGCCGGGGAAACCAUCUGCCAGGUGUGUUUCCAGAUCUUUCCAGGCGGAGAACAGCUGGAGAAACACAUGGACGUUCACCUGUACAUCUGUGGCGUCUGUGGAGAGAAGUUCCGCCUCCGCAAAGACAUGAGGAGUCACUAUAACUCCAAACACACCAAGAGACUAUAGGAACAGUCCACCCGUCCUUUCAUUUAUACCCAUUUGUUACUAAAAGCCAUAAAUGUGAGAACAAAUGUAUGCACUUAAACACCAAAAAGACACCUUCUAAAUCUGCACUUUGAACGUUUAUGCAUAACCUAAAGAGGCGUUCACACUGCGAGCAACAGAGCGGGUUGUUAAACGUUCUGUUGUGACUGAUGGGAACUGUGCAACUAUCUGCAGCUUUAAUGUCUACAGCAGAAACACUUCAAUCAGGACAACUUAAGAGACGUAUCUUUAUGAUAAAUCUAAGAAUGUAACGUUGAUGCAACGUCAUAAAAUGUCAAGAAACAAACAUUUUUAUCAUCAACUGACCGUCCAUAGCCACUGCUGGAAAGCAGAGGUUUGCAGAAGACUCUCGCUGUCUGUCAGGGUCCUAAAAUGCCAUCAAACUGUUUUAUUAUCUGGCAUUCUUCUUUACUUUUUAAUGACAGUGAAACAUAACCUAAUCAGCAGCAUUCAGUUUAUAGAACUGCUUUAUCUCAAUUAAUGUUUUAUACAUAGAACUAUCUUCCAGGUUAUGUCUGAUGAGAAUAUGGAGGGAAAUGUUUGGCAGACGCCUGCCCAGUGGUCACUUUUUAUUCAUUUUUUUCUGCAAUGACAGCAGAGCACUCCAAGGCAGUUUCCACUAGGGGGUGGUUUAGUUCAGUUUGGUUUGGUAUGCAUUUAUCUGUCAGUCCUGGGCAACUAAUUGAGUCCUCAUUUAAAUUACAAAUGUGGCUACCCAUGAUCAUGAAAACAAGAUGAUCAGGAUUAAAUGAUUAGUAGUGGUGCACUGGUUGUGAACAUCAACGCUGAUACUGAAACCAGUGUUUGAAAUAGCAAUUUUGCCAAUUACCAGUACCAAUUCCGAUGCUGUCUUCAUUACUUCUUUAGGUGUAAGACCCCAAAAAUGGCAGCAUUUACCUUCAUGUUUGACUAUCAGAGUGUGUCCAAUAGGUUUCUUCUGUGUAGCCAAAAAUCUUCUAAAUCAGCAACUAGGUGAACUAGAUCUCAGCAUAAAAUUGAUUGUGUGACAUUGUUUUUUGCUGGUAUGUGAUAUCUGAUAUUUCCAAAUAAAUUUUAGCCAAUACAGAUAUUUAAAUAGAGUUCACACCUAAAAUUCAGGCCUUAAAAAUUUGUUGAGGAAUUCAGAUAAAUAAAGAAAAUGACUUUGGCUGAUGGAGGUUAGUCCUGCCUAAAACUCCACAAACUUCUUUGCCGUCUAUAUUUACAGAUGUUGUAAAUAUCUGCAUCAAUUUUCUAUCUGCAGAUACUGAUAUCAUGCAUACUUGGCUAAUUGAUGCAGCACAACAUAAAAAACAUGCCACUGAUACUUGUUCAUGGAAAAAAAUCCCAAUGUCAUCUGCCAACAGGUCAAUAUUGCCAUUACUAUUUACUGUGCUGUAUGCCAUUUUGUGCUCUUUUUUUUUCAUAUGUUUUGUCGUGUCUGAUAAAUGGCAUGCACCCCCCUUUCCUUUACAGCAGAGCAUGUGCUCUGCCCCUCCCGUCAAAACAGUUCUCACUUUGAUUUGAGUGAGGAGCAGAGGGAACCAUGGCAUGUACCCUGAUUUGUUUGAAAAGAGUGAGAGCUAAAGAAGACAGCAGAAAGGCAGCCAUUGGUUGCCAAAAAACCUACCUUAGUCAUAUAGAUUAUUGUAUUUUAAAUGUCCCCAUUUAACCUUGCAAAGCCGAUGGAUUGGCCAGAUUCCAUGUCUGUUAUCAGGCAGAUCCAUCUUGCAGAGCUCCAAUCUGAAAUGGUGGAGCGAGAUCUGAGAACAUACUUUUGACAAGAAAAGACAUGAAAUAGAUAACGGUCUGUUAUCUGAUUUUCUUUGUUGUGUUGGACCCAUGUGGUCCAAUGACAAAUCAGACCUGGAACCAUGCAAAAUAACUAGAAGAAUUUGAUGAAAAUCAAGAAAAACAAAAAAAUGAACUCCAAGGCACUUUCUUUCAGCAUUAAAAUGUCUUUAUCACAUGGUCAUGUGUAGACCUCAAAGUUUUUCCUUUUUUUUCAUCAGCUUUAUGAAACCCAUUUCCAAAGAGCACCUAAAAACUCUUUAUUGAGUCAAAGAAGCACUCUUCCUAUAGAUUUUUAGCUAUAAGAAUUUGUUGGACGGUUGUGGCGUCCCCUCAAUGAAACACAACUACUUUAUUUCAUUCUUUGAAACUCACAUACAGAAUGGUAUAUGAGUAAUUGUUUUCAAUUGUCUUGGUCUCAAUAACAUUCCAAAUGAUCACUAUAAUAGUUUUUCAGGGUGGCACAGUAUUAUCAGCACAUCAGUACCAGCCGAUAUUUGUUUAAAAAGUUAAACAUCCGUAUGAGCAGAUGAGAAAGUUCCUGCCAGUAUUUACUGCCAGCAUAUCUGCCAUACACAACGGCAGUAUGGAUCAUAUAUCGGCCUGAAAUAUCAGCAAAAUAUAUAGGUGUACCAUCGGGUAUGGGUUGUUGCAUAGGGGGCCACACACUCAGGGAGGCCAGUAGUGAGCCCAGAACAUUUUCAUGAAGCUCCAAAUGCAGAACAAUUACCAGACUGUCUACUUCCCUGCUCCUCUUUCAGCUCUGCAUGACUUAGCCUUUAUUUGCACUGGAGGCACUUGAUGAUUUUUACAGUAGAAAGGGUGUAUAUAUCAGUAUUGGCUAAAGUUAGUUUGAAAAUACUGGCAUUUCGAAAAUCAAAUUGUGCAUCCUUAUGAUACUAAUCAAUCAGCCCUGGUUUACCCUGUCAAAAGCUUGGAUUGGUACCAAAUAAUUGAUCCAUGAUGUCCUACUUAUUUGCACUCUUCUGCUGGGGUACUAGGCAUACCAGCUAGACCCACUAUUAGUGGUUGAAGGUGCAGAGGGAGCUGGAACGUGCCUUGAGGAACAAGUGUUCCAGUGAUUCUUGCACUUACCAAGUAACGGUAUGGCCAGCUCUGGAUAUGUAAGCAAGAUCAGGCUUUACCCUGUCAAAGUGUACCAAACCAAACUAGACCGCUUGGUGGAAAUGCACGAAAACAUCAUCUUUAGUCAACUAAAUACGAAUUGUGCAAUUUCAUGUAUUAUUUACUGUUGAUAACCGAUACAUAAGUUGUUUAAAGACUGUGCUGUAAUAGUUUAUCAAUGUGUCAUCCCACACAAAAUGAUUCCUAAAGCAAACGGUUACUCAGAUCCCAUAUUCUAUGAGCGCACAGUUUACUAGUGCUUGUUCAAACUUAGAAAAUAUGCUCAUUUGUGUGCAGGGUAUAGAUUUAUGAACACCUUGUCUAGUUCUACUAACCCCUUUGGGCUCAGUAAAACUACACAAGAAUCUCCGAAUGUGGGACAAUGCAAAGAACUCGCUGCACCUCAAAGGCAGCUUCAGCCCGUUCAUUGCUUGCUUCAUUGCUCCAUAAUGGGCUGUCAACAUCCAGAUAGCUAGAUGUGUUCAGUAGUCUACAGUCCCGAGGUCUGGGGUAAUGCCGUGUCCUGGAGAACCCUUCCCAUUGAAGCUAACCAGCUAGAGAGCUAACCAGAUAUUUAUUUAAAAAAAACAUAGAGAAGGUGGGCUUUUAUGAAGAUGGUUUAAUGUUUGGGAUAUUUAGGUGGUUUUAAACAUACCACAGUGAGGUGUGACAAUCUUCAGUCAAAGGAAGUCCAAAAAAAAAUCAAACUUACACUGAGAUAAAACACAAGUGGAAGUUUGAGCCUAGCAGCAAAUUGUCAACAACACAUUUGGGUUAGUCAGAUGUCUGUCAACAAUUCAUGUUUGCACUGGAAUGCACCACAGGGACAAUGCCUGGAUGUCAAAGGCUUUUUCCAUUCCCUACUACUACUUGUCAUUAGGCCUGUUCAAGAGAAGUCCUGAUUCGUCUCCACACUUUCGGUACAUGAUUAUGUUGCUCUCAGUGUGAACGACACGGAAGACCGUCAGAGAAAGAAAUGGGAGCUGGCGUGUCCUUGGAGCCUGUGAGGAGACAGUCUAGCUGUUUUACAGUUUUACAGUCAGAAACAAGUACCAUGGCAUCACUGACGUUCAACCAUCUGCUGUGUCAUGAAGUCAGGAGAAGCACACUUUGUUCAGUUUCUUUUUGGAGCAUGUCUCAGAGCGUGUUGGCGUCUGUAGGCUAUGUAGCCGCAAGGUUUGAUGUCAGCUCUGGAGACGAAACGCGCCGUCUGUUGAGGAGUGCCAUUGCUGGGAAGGGACUGAAUCUUUGUUUUUGUGAGUUUGUUACACACUGAUUCUUUUCCGCAAUUAUCCAAUCAGCUUUACGCUCAUGGUUCAACUUGCUCUGUGAUUCGUGCCUUUACUGUGACUGUCGUGCAGCCUUGCAUCUUCCUGUCUGCUUAACAGUGAUGCAUGCUGGGAGGUGAUGGGUAUACAGACACACCCCUGAUUCAAAGAGAUGUCAGUUAGGGAAAAGUUAAACUUCACAACACUAUGAAGGUCUGAGACUAUUAUGAGCAAAGUUCAAGCCAUGCAGUACGUGGCUUAUCCAUUUUUUAUGACUUGAUGCAGGAAAUCAGAAACUGUUUUUUUUAUUCAGAUUUUCUGUUUUCCAAUAUAGUUCUUGGAUCAAGAAAAAGAAGGGAGGACUGUGGUUGAUUUUAAUAUUCAGUUUGUCAGUUUCUUAGUUGUUAUAGUGAGAAAAGCAUCCCAAGAACCAACUGUACCUCGCCGGCAUGUAACAACAACAAUACCAUUAUGAGCUGAUCAACCAUUUGCAAUUUUUUAAAAUAAAAUGCUGAAAUAUCACAUCGUAUUGAGACCCUUUGCAGAAACACUAAGUUUAGCUCAGGUGCCUCCCAUUUCUCUGGAUCGUUGUCGAGCUGUUUCUUCACCUUGAGCAAAACCCAAGCAAUGAGGUCAAACUAACUGCCUGCAGAGCUCAGAGACAGGAUUGUUGAUGGGCGCCGAUCGGGGGAAGCCUAAAAAAACCCAUCCGCUGCAUUGAAGGAUCCCAAGAGCACAGCGGCCUCUAUAAUUUGCAAAUGGAAGAAGUUUGGUACAACCAGGACUCUUCCAAGAGCUUAGCAAGAAGGGCUUUAGUAAGAGAGGUAACCAGUGUAAGUAGCAACUGCUGCACCAAACUUUGCUGGAUUACCAGUAGAAGAAGAAGAAAUUUAAAAAUAGAAACAAUGGGCUACCCGUUAACAGGUAGCUCAGUUGUGGUGGAAAAGCAAAUCCCUUGGCGUGUUUGGCUGCUGUGCUGUGUCAAACUAAGUAGAGCCAAAAGAACCCAGUUGUCACUCUGAGUGAGCUCAUGAGAUCCUGAUUAGAGGUGGGACCAAGUUUCAGAAGGUCAGCCAUCAGUACAGCUCUCCCCUGUUCUAGGAUUUAUGACAGAGUGGCUAGAGGGAAGCCUCUCUUCUGUACAAAACACAUGAAAGUCUGCUUGACUUUCUAUGUGGAGUUUGUGCAAACCAUCUCAGCAAAGAUCCAGAAAAAAAGGCAGACACCAGAGCUAAAUUUCAAGUUUUUUGCAAAGGGUCUGAAUACUUAAGUCAAUUCAGUAUUUCAGUUUUUUAAAAUAAAUUUGCCUUGUCAUUAUGGGGUGCAUGCGAUUCUUAGGAGGCUUUUCUCAGCACAACCACUACAAGAGGUCACAUAAAGAGGAUAAUUAAAAUACUAAAAUCAAAUAAGACCUGUGGCCUGUUCCCUAUUUACCCUAUUUUGAUGUUCUACCAUCUCUUUUAACAUUCCCAAUUUUUGAUUCUCAAUUGAAUGUCCAAUGAAUGAUUGAUGCACAAAUUUGAUGCCUUUGGCUUUGUCAAAUUCCAAUUUCCUGGUUAAAGAUGACAAACUUUGUGAUUUUAUAGAAAAUCAGCGUGUUUGCUUGUUGUUUUCAACCAAACCAAACCAUGUUUGGUUUGAGAAAUUCCUGCAUCUUCUGUCAAAGAAAUAUAUGACUGUCUUUGCCUUAUAGGUCAUGUUAAGUUUUUUCACUGUAUUUUUAUGUUGGCUGUCAGGAGCUCCAAGCAAGUCAAAGUACAAAUGUUCAAAACCAGCAGGAACAUUUUAGAUCCACACUACAGAUAUGAACUAAACCAGUUUAGUUUUAAUUAUUAGAACAGUUCAAACUUAUCUGAAACCAUUGCACAAGAUUUAGACACCAGGUUAAGGUCGGCCCAAACCUGUAGAAGUUACAGUAACUUUCCAAACCAGUUUUAACCAUUGAAAAACCUGUUGAUAAUCAAUAUUAAUGGUCUAGAUUCAGUUUAAAGCAGCUUCAGGUGAAGGCUGGCUACCCUCAUGAAUUUCAAAUCUUCAAAAUCGUGAGAGACAGCAGACAUGAGAAUAGUUUCAACUAAUUUAAUGUUAAGGUUGAGUGAAUGCACACACGAGAUGAUUUAGCCAGAAACGUGAACUACACUAGAACCUUUCUGAACAAGUUCAAACCAAAGUCAUCCUAGGAAAUAAACAAGAUCCAGGUCAUGAGUUUGGGUUUUAAAGUCGCCCCGUUACAUCAGACAAUAAAUUAUGGUUUAGUAUUAAGACAAUCAUGGUAGGGAAGAAGAUGCUGCUGUCUGUUACGGACUUUUUCGUGGUAACAGUUAAAUCAAAGUUUUUCAAAAUUGUCAGUUUUUUUUUUUUUUUUUUUUUUUUUUUUUUAAUGAGGUCUGAUGUUCCUGUCUGAAUGUGGAUUUGAUAUGAAGUAAUUGCUGCCUUAAACCAGUCCAAGUACACCAGUUUCAAUUAGGUUCAAAUGAACCUGUCCAGAACCUGUUCUGACAGACUAAACCACCCCUGAGGACAAGGCACUUUCAGAAACACAUCUCAGUAGAGAAGUUCCCAACAGAACCAGUGAUUUAGUAUGAACUGGAGUCUGUCCAGGUUUUGAAAUGUUUGAUACUUCUAUGUUUUUAGAGACCACGUUUUAACCGAUGAAGUCUGAUUUUUUUAAAAAUCAGCCGUAUCAAAUAUUACUAUGGGAAGCUAGUGUGUCUAAUGCUAUCAUGUUCAGGUGGGAGGGGGAUGGGAAUGGUCAGCUGCCUGAUGUGGGAACGGCUCUUGCGCUUCAGUGAGGAUACCUGGGGAGAUAGGUUAUGGUCCUGGCACAGGACUGGAUGAUGGCCAUCAGGAGGCAAGAGCAGUACAUGCGAACCGGCGUGUGCUCCCAUACCUGACCUGACCGGUUGUAUUAAAAGUACCGUAGCUUUAGCAAAGGUUUCUACUAGCGAGGGGGAGAGAGAUCACUGAAAGUCUGACUAAAAUCACAGUUUGUCAACAUUUAUCAGCCCCUUUUGGUAUCACAUAAAUAAAGUUAGAUUUGUCUCAUACAAACAGAGCAGAGGAGGUUGGUUGGUGAUACCUGGAGUUUGGGUGAAGAUCUGCAGGUUAUUUUUAAAGCUUUGGUACUUUCUGAUCCCACCAAUCAAUAAAGGAACAGAAAGUGCAUUAUUUUACAAAACUCAUCAUCAAGUAUCAAACAUUUUGAUUAUCUUAAACCCAGAAUUGUUUAACUUUUAGCUCUACUUGGAUCAGACUGAUCCACAGACAGUACAAUAUAUAAGAUCUCAUUAUCAGGUCCUUGGUCCGGCCUGUUGAUCCUCCAGGACUUGGACCUUAAAUCUUUAAAACCCUUGACCGUCCAUUACCGUCAGACAGUCACACUGAGUCUUCAUGUUCAUUUUAAAGGUCACGUGUUGCUGGGUUCUGAUUGGUCUGUUUAUGCUCUGAUGUUUCUUCUUCAUGUGUUCGCCUGUGUUUUGUUGUUCUGAAUUGUUUUCUGAUGUUUUCUUUGUGAAGUUUCUGAUCUCUUUGAAUCAACACUCGCCUUUCUUUACGCUCAAUAA